AGUUUUUCUCCAAACAGCGGCUUCAGUGGAUCCAAUGAGGUGACGCCGCGUUCCGGGCCCGACUGCUGAGAGCGAGCCGGUGAUAAGGGGAACUAAAAACGACCAAGCGUGACAACAAAGAGGCUCUGAAUCAAGACAGGAGUAGCAAAACUAAUCUCAGAACCUGGCCGGAGAAGCCCAACAAACACUUGCAUUUGUGCCGGCUGAGGAAAGCUCAUAAUGGGGGGGAGGAAGCUGGCGCUUGCUGUUCUUUUCUGCCUUGUUCUGGCAAUGUUGCCUUCUCACACAGUGACUGUAGCGGUCAUGUCCGUUGACCUGGGCAGUGAGUGGAUGAAAACGGCGAUAGUGAAACCUGGUGUGCCGAUGGAGAUUGUUCUCAACAAGGAGUCGCGGAGGAAAACACCCACGGCUGUAUGUCUCAAGGAAAAUGAAAGACUUUUGGGAGACAAUGCACUAGGAUGGUCUGUGAAGAACCCCAAAACUGUUUAUAGACACCUCCAAAGCCUCCUGGGCAAAAAGCAUGAUAACCUCCAGGUGGAGCUCUACAAGAAACGUUUCCCUGAGCACCAGCUGCUGGAGGACCCAGUGAGAGGCACGGUGUACUUUAAAAACUCAGAAGAGAUGCAGUACACGCCGGAGGAGCUCCUCGGCAUGGUGCUCAACUAUUCUCGUGUGCUGGCUCAGGACUUUGCAGAACAACCAAUCAAAGAUGCAGUGAUCACCGUCCCGGCCUUUUUCAACCAGGCGGAGCGCAGGACAGUCCUGCAGGCUGCACAGAUGGCCGGUCUAAAGGUCCUUCAACUCAUCAACGACAACACCGCCGUGGCCCUGAACUAUGGCGUCUUCAGGAGGAAAGAUAUCGACAACACAGUCAAGAACGUGAUGUUUUAUGACAUGGGCUCGGGCAGCACAACUGCCACCAUCGUCACCUAUCAGACCGUCAAAACCAAGGAGUCUGGCACCCAGCCCCAGCUACAGAUCCGAGGCGUCGGGUUUGACCGUGGGUUGGGGGGCUUUGAGAUGGACCUGCGACUCCGGGACCACCUGGCCAAACUAUUCAAUGAGCAGAAGAAGAGCAAGAAAGAUGUGAGGGAGAACCAUCGAGCCAUGGCCAAGCUCCUCAAAGAGGCUCAGAGGCUCAAGACCGUGCUCAGUGCCAACGCCGACUUCAUGGCCCAGGUGGAAGGUUUGAUGGAUGACAUUGACUUUAAAGCGAAGGUGACCAGGAUUGAGUUUGAAGAGCUGUGUGCGGAUCUCUUUGAGAGAGUCCCUGGCCCGGUGCAGGAUGCCCUCGCCACUGCAGAAAUGAAGCUGGAUGAAAUUGAGCAGGUGAUUUUAGUCGGUGGCUCCACUCGUGUCCCCAAGGUUCAGGAAGUGCUGCUCAAAGCUGUGGGGAAAGAGGAGCUGGGCAAGAACAUCAACGCAGACGAGGCGGCCGCCAUGGGCGCCGUGUACCAGGCUGCUGCCCUCAGCAAGGCCUUCAAGGUGAAACCGUUCCUGGUCCGGGACGCAGCUGUCUUCCCCAUUCAGGUGGAGUUCACCCGUGAGACGGAGGAAGAGGGGAUCAAAACGCUGAAACGCAACAAACGUAUCCUCUUCCAGAGGAUGGCGCCCUACCCCCAGCGCAAGGUCAUAACAUUCAACCGCUACAAUGAUGACUUUGAGUUCUACAUCAACUACGGAGACCUGAGCUUCCUCAGCCAGGAGGACCUCAGUGUGUUUGGCUCCCUGAACCUGACCACAGUCAAACUGUCUGGAAUAGGCAGCAGCUUCCAGAAGCACACAGACGCAGAGUCCAAAGGCAUCAAAGCCCAUUUCAACAUGGAUGAGAGUGGGGUGCUCCUGCUGGAUCGGGUGGAGUCUGUGUUUGAAACCAUUGUGGAGGAGAAAGAAGAGGAAUCAACAUUAACGAAACUGGGUAACACAAUUUCCACCUUGUUUGGAGGAGGAUCGUCGGAACCCGCUCCGAAUGUAACUGAACCGGUCCAGGAUGAGGAAGAAGUGCCUCCAGAGUCUGAAAAGAAUGGCAAGGACGAGGACGUAAAGGACACGGCCCAGAAGGACGAGGGCGUUAAGGACGAGGCCCAGAAGGACGAGGAGAAGCAGGACGAUGCCGAGGAGAGUGCAGGCGAAGGAAAAAGUGAGGAGGGCACAGAGGAGGCAGGCAGCAAGACUGAGGCCAAGGAGGAAAAUGAUGGAGAGAAAUCUGGAAACGUUGAGGCAGAAAAAGAUGAGGAGAAGAAGGCAAAACCUCUGAAAAAGAGCAAGAUCGCUGAAGAGAUCACGGUGGAACUCGUCCUCAACGACAUCCUCGACCCCACUGCCGAUGAUGUCACUGCUUCUAAGAAGAAGUUGCAGGAUUUGACCGACAGAGACCUGGCCAAACAGGAAAGGGAAAAGUCACUGAACAGCCUGGAAGCUUUUAUCUUUGAGACGCAGGACAAGCUGUACCAGGAGGACUACCAGCUGGUGGUGUCCGAGGGCGAGAAGGAGCAGAUGUCGGCCAAGCUGAGCGAGGCGUCGGAGUGGAUGGACGAGCACGGCUACGGCGCCACCACCAAGCAGCUGAGAGAGAAGCUGUCCCAGCUGAGGAGCCUGUGCAAGGACAUGUUCUUCAGGGUGGAGGAGCGACGCAAGUGGCCCGAGCGCCUGGCCGCCCUGGACGCCAUGCUCAACACCUCCAGCUUCUACCUGAGGAGUGCCAAACUGAUCCCAGAGGAUGACCAAAUCUUCACUGAAGUUGAGCUGAAUAUGUUAGAAAAAGUGAUCAACGAGACAAUGACCUGGAAGAACCAGACGGAAGCUGAGCAGGAGAAACGCUCUCCAACGGAGCGGCCCGUCCUGUUGUCCAAAGACAUUGAGUCCAAGCUGGCUCUGCUGGAGCGAGAGGUCAACUACUUGCUCAACAAGGCCAAGUUUGCCAAGCCGAAAGCUAAAGCCAAAGCCAAGAACAGCACCAGCUCUGAUAAAAGCAGCAAGGCCAACAACACGGCCGAGGAGAAGGUGAUCCCUCCCACAGAGGAGAGCACGGACACAAAGACUGAAAUCCCAGAGGCGGUGCAGCCGGGCGAAGCCCCGCCCACUGAAGAGAGCGCUGUACACACAGACUCAGACAGCCAAUCACAGCCCACAGAAGAAACAAAUACAGGACCAACGGAGACGGCCCAAACUGAAAACCACAUACAGGAUGAGUUAUAACAGCUGGAACCGGGGAAAAAAAAAUUUCACUAUUUAUUGACAGUGUAUAAAUGUUCAAGUUCCUUCUCACUCUCUGUUUUUUCUGUUGAGGGUUUUUCUUCAAUUUCGUUAUGUCCUUGUUUAUUGAGCUGCUGGAAGCUGAUUGGAGACCACUCAUCUUGUCCCCCCCUCCCACUCUCCCCUCCUCUUCUGUGCUGUUCAUCUCUCUUGUCUUUCAUGGAUUAUGUAAGCAACUGGCACUUAAACUCCAUGAAGAAGCAGUUCAACAAAAAUAAAGGCCAAGACAGCAUCUGUACGUUAUAGAUGCAGGUCCAGACAAAAUCCCUUCUCACGUCCACCCAAUGACCACAUCCAUGCUAAUAAAGGGGGAGAUGGAAGCAGUGCUUGGCCUUUUUUCUAACUAUAUGGACAUUUGACAAGGCUGAGUGCUCUUAUACUCUGGUUUGUCAGAACGUUUAACGUCCUGCUUUAUCCGCUGCCUUGUAACUCCAACCGUGCUGCGUUGUGAGGAUAGUAUUUGUCCUAAAACCUGGACCUUUACGGACUCCACGGCCGCUCUGGAAGUGCACUACUUAAUGGUGUUAAGUAUAAUGGUGAUCUCAGCAGAGGGUGGAAGGGCUGCUUUACAUUCUUUUUGGAGAAUUCUCAAUAGAAUUAUUAUUUUUUUUUUUUUAAACCAGGACACAAAAUUGAAGCACUUCAUUCACAUGUUUAUAUACAAUAUUGGAAGUACAGUCAGUUAAUUUGAAUGGAAAGCCUCUUCAAUCUGGUGAAUUAUAACAUUAACGAUAUAUCUGAUCACUCUUUAUGCUAUACAGUAUAGGAGGUCGCACUAUAAUUACUGACUGGGCUUUAAGUGGCUGUCCAAUCAGAAAGACUCAAUUCUACUAACGUGUCAACUGUAGAGCAUGAUAGCUGAUAUUAAACUUGACCAGAAAUGCUAAGGGAAGUUUUUUUUUUCUUACUGGUGAACAUCCCAACAUUAGUAGUUAAGUUUUUUUUUUUUUUUUUUUUUUUUUAGUAUAUAGCCUAAUAUCACAAACUACAAAUUCCCCAUCUGUCCUCUUCAACCCUCGCUUAAGAUUAAGAAAAACUCUCCAAACAAACUCCUAAAAAAAAGAAAUUGUUCCCCUUUUAGAGGGUUUUUAUUGGCUGAAUAGAAUCA